CUCUUUCAAAAAAAUACAUGUAUAUAGAGCAGCAGGUACAGAGCACUUCCUGCUUUUCUCGAAAAGACAGUGCAACUGUUCAAGUCCAAAUUUUUUUCUUCAGCUGCUACUUUCUUUUUCUAUCAAAGCCCAUCAAAGACUUGAUUUUUUAUUAUUUAUUUUCCAUUUUCAGUCUCAGAAAUCUUAGACAUAAUUGCCCGCGUUGUUUUUGCUAACCACAAUUUUUAGCUGAACCCAGUUCAUCUCGCACCUUCAAGCUUCAUAUAGUUCGUUAUACAUAGCCAUGGCGUUUUGGAAGCUUUGAACUUUUUAGCUGGGUUUAGAACUCUGUGGUUUUUUAUUGAGGUUUUUCAUGUUCAAGGGUUUUGCUACUUCUUUUGGUGGGAAAAUAAAAUAAAAUAACGAAAAAAAAGUUGGUUUCUUGACGCAGCCUGGAAUGGGUUGUGUGAGGUGGGAGGUACACAUGCAGUUCUUCAUUGGGUUGAUGCUGAUUCUCAUUGUGCCAUUUUCUGUUGCAUUGACUGACCCACUUGAUGUUGCGGCAAUAAAUGGCUUAUACGUUGCUCUAGGCUACCCACCUCUUCAAGGGUGGCUUCUUGUUGGAGGAGACCCAUGUGGUGAUCACUGGCAAGGGGUUGAAUGCGUCUUCUCAAACGUAACAGGACUAAAGCUUAAUGGAGCUAAACUGGGAGGACAGCUGGGUGAUAGCUUGGGACUCUUCGGGUCAGUUAUAGAAAUAGAUUUGAGCAACAACCAUAUUGGAGGGAGUAUUCCAUCACCUUUGCCCCCGACUGUCAGGAACGUUUCUCUAUCAAAUAAUCUGUUCACUGGAAGCAUCCCAGGUGGUUUGUCAUCUUUAGCUCAGUUGUUGCAACUGUCAUUAGACAAUAACCAUCUCAGCGGCGAAAUGCCAGAUGCCUUUCAACUGCUUACUGGUUUGAACAGAUUGGAUCUGUCUGGUAAUAAUUUAAGUGGUCAACUGUGCCCCUCAUUGGGUAAUUUGUCAUCUCUUUCUACAUUGAACUUGCAGAACAAUCGCCUGGUUGGAACCCUUAAUGUGUUACAGGAUCUUCCCCUACAGGAUCUGAACAUUGAAAACAAUUUAUUCUCAGGGCCAAUACCUGCAAAGUUGCUUAGUAUUCCAAAUUUCAGAAAAGAUGGAAAUCCUUUCAAUACUACCAUUAUUCCAUCACCUCCGGCACCAGCACCUUCGUUCUUAGCCAGGGCACCUUCUUCUUAUGAACAACCUUGGAAAAAGGCUAAUGGACCUUCUUCGCCAGUAACACUAAAUUCUGCUACACCUAGGAAAUUUUUGACAGCUAAGACGGUCACUGGGAUUGCUGUUGGAGGAAUUUUAGUACUUAUUGUAUUCAUUUUGUGUCUUCUAGUGAGAUGUUUCAAAGGAAGGAGAGAAAAGAAGAAAGCAAAGCAGCAUGAGCUUAAUACAUAUAAGAUCCCUAGAGAGAGUACUAAACACAGUGAAUCAUCACUUCCGGAAGGUGUUCCAAUGGAGAAAGUCCCAAAAGAGGCAGUUAUGAAACCACUGGAUGGAUAUGGAGCGGACAGCAACAGAAUGGUUGUAAUUCCAAAGCCGCAAAAGGAAAACAAGAUAGAUGUGCAAAGUAUUGCUGAAAGUUCAAUGCACAAGAAGGAUCAUGUGGUUGACAUGACAGACAUGGAUGCAGAAUUUUUGCCACCACCCCCUCCCCCUUUUUUCCUUGCUAAGGGUACCACAAAUCCUGUUGGGCCUACUAGAGUAACUACAAGCAGGUGUCCCAUGAAGAGUCCAAACCCAAGCUCUGUAAAAGUUUUUACUGUUGCAUCACUUCAGCAGUAUACCAAUAGCUUCUCUGAAGAAAAUUUUAUUGGAGCAGGCAUGCUUGGCAGUGUUUACAGGGCUAAGCUUCCUGAUCAAAAGGUUUUGGCAGUCAAGAAACUGGACAAUACAGCUUGUAGGCAGCACAGUGAUGAGGAAUUUAUGGAUCUAGUGUAUAAUAUCUGUACAACUAGGCAUGCUAAUAUUGUCGAACUAGUGGGUUACUGUGCUGAGCAUGGUCAACGGCUACUUGUGUACGAGUAUUGCAGAAAUGGGACUCUCCAUGAUGCACUGCAUACUGAUGAUGAAAUCCAUCAGAAACUUUCAUGGAGUGUGCGCAUCCGCAUUGCACUUGGAGCUGCAAGAGCUCUUGAGUAUUUGCACGAGGUCUGUCAGCCACCCAUUGUGCACCAUAAUUUCAAGUCUGCCAAUCUCCUCCUUGAUGAAAAACUUGAAGUACACGUCUCAGACUGUGGUUUAGCUCCUCUGAUAAUGUCUCCCUCUAUGUCUGGGCACCUCCUCACUGCUUAUGGUUCUGCUGCCCCAGAGUUUGAUUCCGGAAGUUAUACUCAUCAAAGUGAUGUCUACAGCUUUGGAGUUGUAAUGCUAGAGCUCCUUACAGGGCGGAAGUCCUAUGACAGGUCGCGGCCUCGUGGGGAGCAAUAUUUGGUUAGAUGGGCAGUUCCUAAGCUUCAUGACAUUGAUGCAUUAUCAAGGAUGGUUGAUCCCUCUCUAAAUGGAGCAUUUACUAUGAAGUCUCUGUCACGUUUUGCUGAUAUUAUUUCCUCUUGCGUACAGCGGGAGCCAGAGUUUCGACCACCAAUUUCUGAAAUUGUCCAGGAACUCUUACAAAUGGUUUAGUCAGAGCCUCCACCUCUCCGGCAAUGAACAUAAUGAGGAACAAAUCUUAACUGGGAAACAUGUCUUUCCCAACCGAGAUGGUGAGGUUGCAGAAGUUGCAAGUUGGGGGUCUGACAGGGACUUUCCGGAGGAGUGUUUUCAGGGCAAAGCAACAUCGUUUAACAUAAUUUAAUGUGCAAAUGUUCAGACAAUUUUUGUGUGUGAUUAUUGUUUACCAAUGUAAUUAUUUGUCUAAUAGAAGUGAGACCUUUGUUUUGUGGUUAUUUUUUACUCACUAGGAGAGGAGGUGCAUGUGGUCUUUCUCCUUCACAAUUUCACAAACAUGUUAAUAGUUGUGGUCGUUAGUGGUGUGUUUUGUCUUGGCUAGUGUUGUUAUUUUUGUGGUCAAUAUAUAGUUUUCUAUA